AUGGUUGGUGAGAUUGUUGGAGGAUACCUGUCCAACUCGCUGGCCAUUAUGACUGAUGCCGCCCACUUGCUCACCGACAUUGGUGCCAUGUUCCUCAGUCUGUUUGCAAUGUGGCUGUCCACCCAUCCACCUACAUCAUCCAUGAGCUUUGGUUUCCACCGUGCCGAGAUCCUUGGUGCUCUUGCCAGUGUCCUGAUGAUCUGGGCGCUCACAGGUGUGCUAGUCUACGAGGCCAUCCUGCGUGUAAUCCAUCCACCCGAUAACGUCGACGGCAAGAUCAUGUUCAUCAUUGCCUCGUGCGGUCUGUUCAUCAACAUCCUCGACGCCAUCAUCUUGCACUACGGAGCUGGCGGCCACGGCCACAGCCACGGCGGCUUGGACCACGGUCACUCUCACGGCGGAGCCCCAAAGAAGAAGAAGAAGGGCCUCAACAUCGACCUUGGCAUGACCGGCGAGGACAACAAGGACAUGAACAUCAACGUGUACUCAGCCUACAUCCACGUCAUCGGAGACUGCUUCCAGAGUAUUGGAGUUAUGGUGGCUGCCGCCAUCAUCUGGAUCAAGCCCGAGUGGAAGAUCGCCGACCCAAUCACCACCUUUAUCUUCUCUGGCAUCGUCCUGUUCACCACUGUCAAGCUGCUCCGUCAGAGUCUUGGCGUGUUGAUGGAGGGAGUGCCAUCGGGCAUCAGUGUAGCUGACGUCCAAGAAGACCUGACCCAGCUGCAGGGUGUCAACGAGGUGCAUGACCUGCACAUCUGGUCGAUCACCAUCGGCAGACCCGCACUGAGUGUCCAUCUCAUCGUUGGCGAAGGCAUCAUUGGUGAUGAGGUCCUAAAGUCAGCCAAGUCCAUGCUACUCAAGACACACAACAUCGAGCACACUACCAUUCAAAUCGAGAUCACCAACAAGGAUUCCAACCUUGCAUUCUGUAACGAUCCUUGUCCAGCACCAAAGGCCAAGAAGUAG